AUAACCGUAAUUAUUCCUCCCCUCCUUCAAACAACUUUCCCGCUGGCGUGCGCUCUUUACGACCCCCACAAUGUCUCGGCAGGGUCGCACGCCGCUGCCGGGGCCUGGUGGGGGCAUCAUCAUCAACAUCACACACAUCUUGAUCAUACACAAAUUACAACAUCUCAACCGCUUACUACAACACAUUCCACGCCAUCUGUGGUUUUAUAUGAAGAUUCGGCAAUCUUACAUCAACAACAACAACAACCUCAACCUGCACAACAGUCACAGAAUACAUCAUCGGUUGGAGAAAGUAGUCCUGUUUCUGCAAAUAAUCAUAUUACAUCACCUGUUCAUCAGUCGCAACACACUUCAAGCGGAGGAGGACAGCAAACGGCGGCGAAUACCGUACAACAACAGCAAAACACAGUGGCGUCUAGCCAAACACAAAUUGUGACGCCUUCAACGGCGAGUGAAUCUCCCACAAGUGUUAGCUCUCAACCUCAAGAAAACAUGUCGAUUCUUUCAGCUCCACCGUUACACAUACCUGCUAAAAGACCAAAUUUUGAUACCGAUCCGUCUGUAAUUCGGCAUCCUCCGUAUCCAUGGACUUAUGACACAGGGUUCGACCAUCCUCAAUAUCCCCACAACUAUUUGGACAGAGAUCGAAAGCCAGUUUAUUACUAUCCAGACGCUCAGUUCCCUCAGCGAUAUUGGUAUGAAGGCAGUCAGCCAUAUCCUAUUACUGAUGAAAGAAAUGCUGUAGCUGCAGUAGCUGCAGCAGCUCGCCAAUCGGUGGACGCCGCGCAAUCAAGCUACGAAACACCAACAAAUUAUGCUGGUAGUUUAAGAACAUAUUCAUCGGAUCCUUAUCCAACAACAAGCUCAAGCUUGGGAACCGCAACUAUUGGCUCAUGUACACCAAAUCCGUCUUCAAUUGAUUGGGUAGGACAGCAAGUGUCUGUCAGAAAAAAGCGUAAACCUUACUCAAAAUUUCAAACAUUGGAACUGGAAAAGGAGUUCCUAUUUAAUGCUUACGUUUCUAAACAAAAAAGAUGGGAAUUAGCAAGAAAUUUAAAUUUAACUGAAAGACAGGUAAAAAUUUGGUUUCAAAACCGACGAAUGAAAAAUAAAAAAAACUCCCAAAGGCAAUCUUCACAACAAAACAAUAAUAAUAGUUCAAGUAGCAAUCACAACCAUGGUCAACCCACGCAAGCUCAUCAUAAUCCUCAUAAUUUACAUUUAGGUAUCGGAAUGACACAUCAUACACCUAAAAUGCAUCAGUGACCUUUGGAUACUGGUACCACUGGAAUGGGAUAUACUACCUUCUGAAAUAAUAAAAUUAACUGAAAUAUUAUUAAAAAUAUACUUUUUUCAAAUUUCAAAAUCCCAACCCAAUAAUAUGCAUAAUAACUUUGAGCAACACUUUAAAUGUAACAGUUGAAAGAAUUAAAAAAUAAGAGUAUAAAUACAUAUAAAUAAAAUAAACAGUUACUUUAUUUAAUUGAAUCGUUAGGAAAUUAAUUGUGAAUUUUAUUUCGGAGAAAAAACGAUUUUUGCCUAAAAAUCACUACAUACAAAGAAACUACAUAGAAAAACAAAUCAAGUAUUUUGAUUAGACAGGUAUAGAUAUAACUGUAUCCUUAUUCCUUUGAUUUUUAUGCAUUAAGUAAAAAUAGUGUAAAAUAAAAUUACUUUCAUUUUUCAUCAAUAUUCAUCUGCCCCAUAUAGAACAUAAAAUAU